AUGAUGAAUAAUGUUUCAGUAGUUACUAUGUUUACUCUGUCAGGGCUAAGUGGGACUACAAACUACAGAGUUGUUCUUUUUACUCUCACUUUGCUGUGUUACUUUGUGAUUUGGCUGGUAAAUUUGACCAUUAUUGUGACCAUCAUUUUGCACAAAAAGCUUCACGAGCCCAUGUAUAUCUUCCUGUGUAAUCUGUGUAUAAAUGGACUUUAUGGGACAGCAGGCUUUUACCCAAAGUUCCUGAUUGAUCUUCUGUCUACCACUCAUGUUAUUUCAUAUGCUGGAUGUCUUCUGCAGGGUUUUGUGUUGCACUCUUCAGUUGCUGCAGAUUUCUCUUUUCUCGUGCUGAUGGCCUACGACAGGUAUGUGGCUAUAUGUCGACCUCUGGUGUACCACUCUUUCAUGACUAAAGAGAAAGUUGGUGUGUUUGUGUUUUUUGCUUGGUUAAUACCCAUUUGUUUGGUGUUCAUGAGCACAAUAACAACAUCAAGAACAAGUUUAUGUGGCUCACAAAUACCGAGAAUCUACUGUGUUAACUGGUUGAUAGGUAAACUAGCUUGCUCUGCCUCCAUUGCAAACGUUGUUAUUCCAGCUUUUAAUUAUACAUUUUAUUUCGGUCAUUUUAUAUUUGUUGGUUGGUCUUAUAUACAUCUGAUCAGAACAUGCAAAGCCUCCAAAGAGAACUGGAGUACAUUUAUGCAGACAUGUGUACCACAUUUAUUCUGUUUAGCAGUGGGUGUUGUUUCUUUGCUUUUUGAUUUGUUGUACAUGCGAUUUGGCUCAAAAGGACUGCCGCAAAGUGCCCAGAAUUUUAUGGCAAUGCAGUUUAUCAUUGUUCCUCCAGUUAUCAAUCCUCUGAUGUAUGGUUUCAAAUUGACACAAAUAAGACAAAUAAUUAAAAGUGCUCUGUGUGGUAGAGGAUCAGUUGUUGGAUUAAAGUCCUGA